ACAAAGUCAUGUCGUCUGACGAGCAUGCUGGUCCUGCUCGGCCCUCCGUUGGGCAAAAAUCAUGGAAAAAAGUCAAUGAGGAGCGGAAAUUGUUGAAAAAGACGUACAAAAAAGAGAACAUCCUUAAAAGGCUGGAAAAGGCGAAGAAAUUAGAAGAACUCAGUAAAGAAGUGAACCAGGAAAGCAACGAACAACUGCGGAAGACAUCGACCGUCAGCAUUGCAGUUCCAGGAUCAAUCCUAGAAAAUGCACAGUCCGCGGAACUUAGGACUUAUUUGGCAGGACAAAUCGCAAGAGCUGCGUGCAUAUUUCAAGUAGAUGAAGUGGUUGUUUUUGAUGAUUUGGGAGUGAGGGAUUUUAAAGAUAACAAAGUGAAAACUGUGGGAUCCGAUACAGACGAGCAGCCCACAACAACUAUCCGCAAAAGUUCUCUUCAGCUUGCACGAAUCUUACAAUACUUAGAAUGCCCACAGUAUCUACGGAAGUUUUUCUUCCCUCUACAUAAUGACUUAAAAUAUUCUGGACUCCUCAAUCCGCUGGACGCACCACACCAUCUCCGACAGCAAAAUGCUUUCAUGUAUCGCGAAGGAAUAGUAACCGACAAAAAAGUGAAAGAAGGAAAAGGGAGCUACGUCAACGUCGGUCUCCUGAACGACGUCUUAGUCGACAAAUGCUUAACACAAGGUCUGCGAGUAACGGUUCGAAUGAAUCCUAAUCAAGAACAUAAAACCAAGAAAUUAAAAGGAAAAAUCGUGUCGCCUUGGGAGCCUCGUGCUAAAACCGGCGUUUACUGGGGAUAUACAAUUCGCGUAGCCAGUUGUCUGUCGCAGAUUUUCACUCAGUCUCCGUACGAGAAAGGAUACGAUCUAACAAUCGGAACUUCAGAUAAGGGCACUCCCAUUACGGAAGUUGCGCCGCGAAGUUACAACUAUGACCAUGCCCUUAUCAUAUUUGGGGGUUUGCAAGGCUUAGAACGAGCCCUUCAAAGUGACUCGCAAUUGGCCGUGGAUGAUCCGCAAUUACUUUUCGAUCACUAUCUGAAUGUUUUACCGAAGCAAGGUUCGCGCACGAUUCGAACAGAAGAAGCUAUUUUGAUUUCCUUGGCAGCGUUGCAGGAGAAGUUUGAUCCUAAAACGAAACCACCUGAGUUUGAUCUACAGAAUUACAUACCGCAAAGUGACGACACGGGAAUGAAGCAAUUCGAACAGAUUAAUGCGAAGACAAAGGUUGUUGAGGAUUUAAGUCGAUUUGAUUAGGAAGCAAGCAUAUGGAAUAUUUUGUAAAUAAAUAUAUAUGUAAAAUUAAA